UUCUCCUUCCGCCCUCACGCCCUCCCAGCCCUUAAUCUCUCUCGCUCUCUCCUCCCACCACUCCCAAGGAGCUGUGGAGGGAGGAAAGCAUUCUAAUUCUACACAGCAAUAGCGUGAGAACAGAGUGAAGGAGCAUACUGAUUCUUUUCAGUCCAAUUCCAGGAUAUUUGCAGUAUUUGUGGAGAGAAGGCCAGCCGUGUUCUUUCACUCCUGGCUUGACGAGGAUUUCAGGAUUUUCAUCAGUUCAGCAAAUCCACCUUCUCACUGAAUCAAAAUGGAGCUUCAGAAGAUGAACGGACACAGUCGAGAAGACGGCUUUGAUGGGCUGGAUGCCAUGACCGAACAUGAGGAAUUUCUCCCUCAUAAAGCUGGUGCCAAAAGAGAAACCCACUUCACAGAUUUCGAAGGGAAGACUUCAUUCGGGAUGUCCGUUUUUAACCUCAGUAACGCCAUAAUGGGAAGCGGAAUUCUGGGAUUGGCCUACGCCAUGUCCAACACUGGAAUCCUUCUUUUUAUAAUCCUGCUGAUUUUCAUUGCUAUUCUGUCUGCAUAUUCAAUCCACCUACUGCUGAGAAGUGCGGGAGUUGUUGGCAUCCGAGCGUAUGAGCAGCUUGGGAACAGAGCAUUCGGUCCACUGGGAAAAAUUCUGGCGGGGAGCAUCAUCACAGUACACAACAUUGGAGCAAUGUCCAGCUAUCUCUUCAUUGUGAAGUCUGAGCUGCCGCUGGUUAUUCAGGCUUUUCUUGGCAAACAUGAAAACACGGGAGAAUGGUUCUUGACUGGAAACUACUUGAUCAUCAUUGUUAGCGCUGCCAUCAUCCUUCCUCUUGCACUCAUGAAACAACUUGGUUAUCUGGGAUAUACAAGUGGCUUCUCUCUUUCUUGCAUGGUGUUUUUCCUCAUUUCGGUGAUCUAUAAGAAAUUCAACAUCGAUUGUCCCCUGGAGGACAGUCAUCACAACAUAAGCCUCAUUGCUGACAACUACACAAUCACAGAAGAUGAUGAAGACUUUUGUGAUGCCAAGCUCUUCACUAUCAACUCACAGACGGCAUACACCAUCCCAAUUCUGGCCUUUGCAUUUGUCUGCCACCCUGAGGUGCUGCCCAUCUACACAGAGCUACGAGAUCCCACCAAGAAGCGUAUGCAGAAUGUUGCCAACAUUUCCAUCUUGGCCAUGUUCAUCAUGUACCUGCUAACAGCUCUUUUUGGAUACCUCACCUUCUAUGGUGCCGUGGAGUCUGAACUGUUGCACACCUACAGCCGAGUGGACCCCCUGGACGUGCUGAUCCUUUGUGUGCGCCUGGCCGUGCUCGUGGCUGUCACUCUGACUGUGCCCGUGGUUCUCUUCCCAAUCCGCCGGGCCAUACUACAGAUCUUGUGCCCUGACAAGCCUUUCCACUGGGCCAGACACAUUUCCAUCGCGUUGUUUCUCCUCAUUUUGGUCAACGUGCUGGUCAUCUUCGUGCCCUCCAUCCGUGACAUUUUUGGCCUCAUCGGAGCCACAUCAGCCCCCAGCCUCAUCUUCAUCCUGCCCGGAAUCUUCUACAUACGAAUCGUUCCCACAGAGCAAGAACCUUUUCUGUCCAGACCCAAAAUUCAGGCUACAUGCUUUGCUGCAUUGGGAUUCAUCUUCAUGGUCGUGAGUUUGUCAUUUAUCUGCAUCGACUGGGUGAACGGAGAGAAACGAAGCGGCGGUGGACACUAGUUGCUCGCUGAGGUCCCAGCAAAAACGGAAUGUGAACUGAAGCCCUCGCCGCGAUAAAUUACCCCAUAUUGUUCUUCAGGCGGGCAGUCAGUACAUGCUGGCCUUGAAAAAAAUAACCUAAAAAAAAAAGAAAUGUGACACAUCAAAGGUCGUGCGAUGGAGGAGAGAGAACACAGACACACACUGUGACUGAAUUCACCCUUUGCUAUGGUCCGAGAUAUGCUACUUUUCUAAUCCCGCAAAGGGAAUUCAGAAAAAAUAGCAACAGCGUGACUCACAUGAGUAUGCCAUUGAGGGUAUUCAUGGGCAAGAUCUGUGGAAAAACUGUCUGUCACUGCCAAAGUUCUCGUUACCUACUUCCCAUCUCGUUUUUUGCAAUAUACAGUACAGUGGUGCGUUGAGAUACGAGUGACCCGGAUUGAGUUUUUCAAGACACAAACCGUCGAUACGAAAGUACAAUUGUUCGCUUUUUCUUGCCAGCGCAAACUUGAGAUAGGUGCGCUGUAUGGCACUCAGCUCAACUCACUUCACAAUAAGCAGCAAUUUGACAAAUAGUUAAAAAUGUAUCCCAAAAAAUGGCUUGAAGCUGUUCAAUCCCGUGCCCAGUUGAAGUUUACUGUCAAACUAAACAUAAAACAUAGAAAAUUACACCUUGUGUUUUUGAAAACAACCAAACAAAGAACGGCCCUCCUAGCUUGAUGCUAACAUACAAUGGAAAUCGUUAUUGACAUGCUAACGAUUAGCAUUUGUAGUCGAGGUUUUAGAACUCUUUAAUACAGAUAUUUGAACAAAAAUGGUGAUGCAAAACGUAGACAGAUAAUAUAGCAAUACUCACAGGCAUAUAUUCUUUAUAUAUUUAUAUAAGUAUUUAUAUACUCUUUAAACAUGACUACAGCAUCUUACUGAGUAACUGUCAGUAGCUGUGAAACUAUUCUUUGUUUUUGUCUCCAUGCCUGUAUUAUACUGCCUCCUGGUGGCCAAGGUGGGCACACCAGAAGGAACAACACAAUGAAUUGCAACAUUAAAACAUGAUGCAAGGUGUUUAAUUAUGAUAAUGAUUUACAUUUUAUUUAGGUUAUUAAUCUAUGUUUUGAAAGUACCCCUUUUUGGGGGGAGGCACCACUGUCCUGUAAAAUGUCCAUACCCGGGCAAAUCGUUUUCUCGUCAUCAAAAUGAAUUCAACAUUUCAUUUGGUGUGUUUCCAUUUGAGAGUAUGGUUUCUUGGUGGUGAAGUAUUGUGUGUUGCAUGGUUUACUUUCACCUAAAAUAAGAAGGAUGAAGGUUAGUGCCACGCCGAGGCUUUUAACAAAAAUACACAUUUUAUUGACUUCAACAAUAAGUUUAACAUUUUAGUGACGUGCUCUGACAGUUUGUGGAGGUGAGGAUAUUGUGUUUAAAAAAACAAAAACAAAAAAAUGAUGCAAUUUGUGGGCUUUUGCUGCUAUAAAAGAAAGUCAAUUGUAUCUGUCGUUGCAAACCAAAGAAUGCAGUUACUGUAUCUUAUUAAGCCAUAGAGCAGGGGUGUCAAACUCCUUUUAAUUUGAUCUCAAGUGGACCGGACCAGUAUAUUUGUGGCCUAAUAAGCUAUAAAUGAUGACUAUUCCAAUUGUUUUUAUUUUAGUGCAAAAAAAAAAAAUGACAAGUACAUUGUAAAAAUGUUCAUAUUUAUUGAUUAUUAUCUGCUUUCAAAUAAUCUCCUAAAAGCAAUCUGAAACAAAAAUGAGUGCAAUUUCAACAGUAUAAAUGAGUCUUUUCAUUGACACGUAAAACCUAUAGCUCACAGUGGAUCUGUUGACCGUACGUAUGUAUCUUUUAUAAAACAACUUAGAAUCAACAAUCUUGACACUUUUUAUUUACAUAAAUUUCAAUAUCCAUCUGGAAAUCUUGACAACCUCAAGUGGCUCGUCACACUAUAAAAACUAAAGUGGCAACUAAUGCUGUCUUGUAAAUGUAUAUAUAAACAUACAAGUUGUGGCAGUGAAUGAACAAAACAAAGAUUUCCACCAAACCAACGUCUUUUGGAACUGAAGCUGUGGAUUGACAUUUUGCAAUAUUCAUUGUCUUAUGUACGCUAUAUUUCUACAGUAUAGGUAUUGAUAGUCACAGAAAUAAAUACUUUUAUUGAAAAAUUGCACUUUGCAGCCAGAUUGGACCGCCUGAUGGGCCAGUUUUGGCCCACGGGACAUACAUUUCAACCCCCUGCCAUAGACUCUAAUACAUAGCUGAGAAGCGCAACCUAAUUGUGUUAAGGUAUUAGGAGAAACUAUUCAUCAUGACAAUCAAUGGUAUGUGAAACUUAAAUUAAGUCUUUUUUUGUGUGUCUGUUUUUAAAUUAAUGUUGACUAAAAGCUACAGUAUGUUUAAUUUGUUUAUUCUUCCUGUACAUUUUUAAAUUAAUUUGA